CAUGGUUAGUGCCCCAUGAAACAGAGGAGAACAACUUAAUUUGCUUAGACAGAGAGGAAGAAGAAAUGGAGACAGACGCUACCUCAGCAAAGAGGAGUAGAUUACCUGAUUCCCCGCUGCUUAUAGCAGCUAGGACAGGAAUCCUGGAGAUUGUCGAGGAGAUACUCGAGGUGUACCCUCAAGCGUUGGAACACAUUAAUCAGAAUGGACAAAACAUAUUGCAUUUCGCUAUUAUGCAUCGGCAACACAAGAUAUUUGAUCUUGUGACUAAGAAGCCAAGUGACAGGUUGCUUUUGGGGAUUGACAACGAUGGCUGUACCAUAUUGCAUUGUACUGCUGAGAUGAGAUAUUUUACUGAUGGAACCAGCACUACCGCUGCUCUCAACUGCAAGAGGAGUUGAAAUGGUUCAAGGUCAGCCAUGUCCCACCUAGCCUUCUUUAAUACUUAAGCAAGAUUUGAACUAGCUAGCAAGAGAAUUACAUGAUUAUCCAAAUCCAUUAUUUCCUUAAAGAAUGAUUUUGCUGUUGCUUGUGUGUGUGUGUGUGUGUGUACAUAUAUAUAUGCAGGAUGUGAAACAUAAACUUCCUCCAUAUUAUACCAUGCACCGCAACAAGAAGAAUCUCACAGCAAAGCAGUUUUUCAACAAGCAGCAUGAAGACCAACAUCGAGCUGCACAAAAAUGGGUGAAGAACACCUCUCAAUCAUGCUCAACUGUCGCAACUCUUGUUGCUACUGUUGUCUUCGCAGCCGCAUACACCGCACCAGGAGGUUACCUUGGUAAAGUACUACAUUUUAUUACUCAAUUUAUUUUCUUCUUUAAAGAGUCAUUCCUAAAAAUAUGCAUCAAUUAUGUGAUCUAAUUCUACAGCAAGUGGCAAACCCCUUCUCCUGGAAAGACCUCUCUAUUCUUUUUUCACUGUCAUGGACGUUGCAGGCCUUGCAAGCUCCUUGACCUCGGUGGUGAUCUUUCUUUCAAUCCUCACAUCUUCCCUUGAGAUUGAUGAGUUUCAUCGUACUCUCCCUCGAUACCUUUCACUUGGUUUCAUCUUUCUCUUCUUCUCCGUGACAACGACCAUGCUUACAUUCACCGCUACAAUUUUGCUCCUUAUUCAUUUGGAGAAAAAGUGGACUACAUCUCUCACAUAUGCCGCUGCAUUCCUUCCUAUAUGUGUGUUUGCGUUGUUUCAGUUCCAUCUUUAUUAUGAGUACACUAAUGCUG